AUGGCUUCAUCCCGACUAGUGACAAGAUCAAGAGACAUUGCCAAUGUCAUGCAGCGGCUUCAAGAUGAGCAAGAGUCAGUGCAGAAACGGACUUUCACAAAAUGGAUCAAUACUCAUCUGGCAAAGCGCAAUCCUCCCAUGCUGGUGAAUGACCUGUUUGAAGAUAUCAAAGAUGGGGUGAUGCUAAUUGCCCUUUUGGAGGUUCUUUCAGGGCAGAAGCUGCCUUGUGAGCAGGGACGGCAUCUGAAGAGAAUCCACUGGGUUGCCAACAUUGGCACAGCUCUCAAGUUUCUAGAAGGUAGACGGAUUAAGCUUGUCAACAUAAACUCAACUGAUAUUGCUGAUGGCAGGCCAUCUAUUGUGCUUGGCUUGGUGUGGACCAUAAUUUUAUAUUUUCAGAUUGAAGAGCUUACCAGCAACCUCCCACAGCURCAGCCCUUGUCUAGCAGUGCUUCCUCUGUGGAAAGUGUUGUCAGUUCAGAAACUGCAAGUCCCCCAAGCAAACGGAAGGUGGUAACCAAGGUCCAAGGAAGUGCCAGGAAGGCUUUGUUAAAAUGGCUGCAGUACACAGCAGCAAAGCAAACUGGAAUUGAAAUCAAAGAUUUUGGACAAAGUUGGAGGAGUGGUGUGGCAUUUCAUUCUGUUAUUCAUACUAUCCGCCCAGAUUUAGUGGACAUGGAGAAAGUGAGGGGAAGGUCAAAUAGAGAAAACYUGGAAGAAGCCUUCACAAUUGCAGAAGCAGAACUAGGAAUUCCAAGGCUCCUUGAUCCAGAAGAUGUGGAUGUUGAAAAGCCAGAUGAGAAGUCUGUCAUGACCUAUGUAGCCCAGUUUCUGAAGUACUAUCCUGAUCCUCAUCAUACAAUGACUGAUGUGCCAGAGAAUGAUAAAGAAGACAGACUGGUGCUAAGAGACCUAAAAGUGUGGGCAGACCAAUUCGAAAGAGACAUAGCCCGAGCACAAGUGGCAGAAACAAGCUURCAAGAGAAAUAUCAGUCAUAUAAGCAUUUCAGGGUACAAUAUGAGGUCAAAAGGAAACAGUUUGAACUUGCAACCCAGUCAGUAAGGAAAGAUGGUAAAUUAUCACUUGAUCAAGCUGUGGUGAAGCAAGCAUGGGAGAGGGUUUCUUCCAGGAUGCUUGAUUGGCACAUACACCUUGAUAAAUCUCUUCCUGCGCCUUUGGGCACCAUCGGCGCUUGGCUCUACAGGGCAGAGGCUGCUCUGAGGGAAGAAGUAACUGUUCAGCAAGCUCACGAGGAAACAGCAAACACAAUACACAGGAAGCUUGAACAACAUAAGGAUCUGCUGAAAAGCAUAGAUGGUCACAAAAAGGCAUUCCAUGAGAUCCACAGGACCAGGUCUGUUAAUGGCGUGCCUGUUCCACAUGACCAGUUAGAGGAUAUGGCAGACAGGUUUAAUUUUGUUGUCUCUUCAUCUGAACUCCAUCUGUUGAAGAUGGAGUUUCUGGAACUGAAGUACCGUCUGCUGUCACUGUUAGUCUUUGCAGAAUCAAAGUUAAAAUCAUGGAUUAUCAAAUAUGGAAGGCGAGAGUCGGUGGAACUGCUUCUUCAAAAUUAUAUUUCUGUUAUUGAAAAUAGUAAGUUCUUUGAGCAGUAUGAAGUUACUUACCAGAUCYUGAAACGGGCAGCUGAAAUGUAUGCCAAAGCAAAUGGCUCAGUGGAAGAAGUUGAGAGUGUGAUGAAAUUCAUGAGUGAUACCACAGCUCAGUGGAGGAACCUCUCAGUAGAGGUGAGAAGUGURAGAAGCAUGCUGGAAGAAGUAAUUGCUAAUUGGGACAGAUACAGCAGCACUGUGGCAGGUCUACAAGCUUGGCUUGAAGAUGCUGAAAAAAUGCUGAACCAGCCUGAACAUUCCAAAAAGGAUUUCUUCCGGCACUUACCUCAUUGGAUCCAGCAGCACACAGCCAUGAAUGAUGCUGGUAAUUUUCUGAUUGAAACAUGUGACGAGACCAUUUCCAGAGAUCUUAAACAGCAGCUUCUGUUGCUAAAUGGAAGGUGGAGGGAAUUGUUUAUGCAAGUUAAGCAGUAUGCUCGAGCRGAUGAACUGGACAAAAUUAAGAAGGAAUAUGUGGAUGGCAUUGCCCAUUUGACAGCUUUCAUUGAUGGAAGCAAUAAGAAAUUUUCAACCCCUGUAGAAGUGUCCUUUCUUGAUGUCAAAACAUUUGUACAAGAUUUGGAAAAUAUUAAGCAGAAAUUGCCUGCAAUGGAAGCUCAGUACAAAGCAGUUACAAGAACAGCACAACUUGUUACAAAAGAAGUUUCCCAAGAGGAAGCGAAUGAAAUGAUGGGAACUUUGACACGCCUCAAAGAGCAGCUCAGCAAGGUUAAGGAGUAUUCCUGUGCCCUGCUCUAUGAAUGCCAACGUCUGCUGUCKCCACUGGAAGAACUGGAGAAACAAAUCACACAUUUUUAUGAAUCUCUUGAAAAAGUCAAUGAAAUAAUUUCUAUCCAGGAUCCUGAAGCACAUCCCACAAGUGUUCUUAAGCAAAAAGCCCAAGAUUUGGUGGCUUAUCAAGAAAACUGCAAGAAAGAUGUGUCCCUGAUUGAGAGAAAUAGUCAGAGUAUCCUUCAGUGUGUGGCUUCAACUGAAGUGUUGCAGCAUUUCCAUCAGUCAACAUUUCAGAAGAAAGUUACACAAGUUCAGAUUACUUUCCAGAAUAUGGUCAGGAAAGCUGGUGAGUGGAGAAAAAACAUAGAAGCAAAUAGCCGUUUGAUGAAGAAAUUUGAGGAGUCUAGAGCAGAACUGGAGAAAGUAAUACAGAUUGCCAAUUGUUGCUUAAAAGAAAAAGGAAAUCCUGAAGAACUUCUCAGGAAACAUAGCGAAUUUUUUAACCAGUUGGAUCAGAGAGUCCUAAAUGCCUUUCUGAAAGCUUGUGAUGAACUUACUGACAUCCUUCCGGAACAAGAGCAACACAGCCUGCAGGAAGCUGUGAGGAAACUCCAUAGGCAGUGGAAGGAUCUCCAAACAGAAGCCCCAUAUCAUUUGAUCCACUUGAAAAUUGAAGUACAGAAAAGCAAGUUCCUGGUGACAGUGGAGGAGUGCAAAGCUGAACUAGCUCGGCAGAACAAGGUGUUAUCAAGAGAAGGCAAUGAAAAAAUGAUCAAGGAACACAUGUUGUUCUUUGGUGAUAAGGGAUCUUACCACCUGUGUGAGAAAAGGCUACAACGAAUUGAAGAACUGUGCCAAAAACUGCCCGUUUCUGAUCCAGUGAGGGGUACAUUGGAAAGCAGCCAGCGAAUMCUGAAGGAUCUGAAAUCCCAGAUAGACAGCACAUACAUAAAGCUGACAGAGCACUCGGACACCUGGAAGGGCUAUAAGAGCAGAUUUUCUGAAUUGGCAAAUUGGAUUUCAUCAACAGAAAGAGAGCUAAAGAAGAUAAAGGAAAAUGUUAAUGACACUGCCAAAUACAAGCAGUGUAAAGCAUCUGUGGGGGAAAUUAGGAAGCACAUUCACAAGCAUGGAGAAAAUCACAGCUGGCUGAAAUCUAGAAUUGCUGUUUUGACUGCACUAUGUCCUGAUUUGGAGGCCAAAGAGACAGARGAUGAGCUCUGUAAACUUUCCAGUGACUUCAAGAGACUUUUAGAUUUGCUGUCUGAGAUUGAAAAUACUUUAGGCGCUGUUGGAGACUGUGUCCAGUACAAAGAAGAAGUUAAAAGUGCAAUAGAAGAGUUGAUCAACAACUCUAAAGAAGUUCAAGCAGAGGCUGAAAAGAUCCUGGAUACAGAAAGUUUGUUACAAGCUCAGCAAUUACUGCUUCAUCAUCAGCAAAGGACAAGGAGACUCCGUGCAAAAAGGCAAGAUGUGCAGAAGCAGAUUUCCCAAGCCAAGYGGUUGCAGAUCGAAGGUGGACUGCCCAGCACAGUACGAGAGGAUUUACAAAAGUUAGAGGGAACACUGGAGAACAUGCAGCAGACUAUGGAGAAACGGGAAGAGCAACUGCAGGUCACAAUAAAUAAAUGGGAGCAGUUUGAAAGAGACAAAGAAACGGUAGUAAAAUACCUCAAUCAAGCAAGCUCUGUGCUUGAGCGUAUCUUAAACUUUAGCAGUUUAGAGAGCCUCUCCUCAGAACUGGAUCAGACAAAGGAACUUUCUAAACAAACUGAAGCAAUGGCAGUACAGGCUGAGAAUUUGGUGAAGAAUUCCUCUGAGAUACAGCUUGGUUCAAAGAACAAGCAGUCCCUUCAGCAUCAGGCAAAAUCAAUCCAAGAACAAGUGAAAAAAGUGGAAGUUACUCUUGAAGAAGAGUAUGUCCUAAACAAGUCCUAAUAUUUAUUCUUCACUAUAAGAUUGUAUCAGAUUUCUAGAAUACCUUGUCAAAAUUUUGUUUUGUCUCAUCAGCCCUGUCAUUUACUGCUUGCUCUGGCAUAGUAACCCAGUUAUGGUACCAAAUAUGUCAAAAGAGUGUGUGCAAACAAGCAAAGCAUUUUCUUUUAAUAAUAUGUAGUUCAUAAGAGUUAGUUACRUUUAACCUGUCACUUACCUUUAACCCCCAGUAUUGUGAAGAAGGGAUAAUUGAGCUCAUUCUUGAGGUACUGUACUCUUUUGGAAAGAAAAAUCUCAGUUCAAGUAUUAGAGCAGCACAUUUACCACAUUUGCCUGAGUUUUCACUUUUUCAGAGUCUCUAUAGGGGUGUCAAGAAGUGCCUUCAUCUUAGCUGAAUGCCCAGAUUAUACUUCACGGGCAAUAUCAAAAUUUGCUCCUGCUGCAAAUAAAACAAGGGCAUCAUUUCCCAGAUUUUGUUUAAAAAGUAAAGAUUCAAACCCCAAGGGAAGCUUGAUAAAUAUUUGUAGUUUUUUGUAUUUUUAAAAAUUUCAUGCCUUCUCUUAAGUAGUUAAUUCAGUUAUUGAACCUGUUAGUCAGAUUCAGAAAGUUGGUAUUGUCUUUUUAUCCCUAUACACAUAUGUUUGUGUAUAUGUAUGAAAUCAAUAUUUUUGCAUACAUUAGAUCUGAUACAUAAGUCAUAGAGAAUAUGAUCAAAGGGCAGUGCCCAAAUAAUUGAGGGUUUUUUUCCCCGUAAUGACCACUGUCAUGCUAAUCUGAUUUUAAUUUAGUGCCAUUUUCUUCCUCAUGUGAAAGAACAGCGAUAAACCAGAAUAACUAGCCUGAGCAGCAAAUGGUGAUCUGACUUUUUAUAUAAUACUUUCUCCAAUAUGAAAUGUUAGUGAUUUGCAGUCAGAUAUUACCAUUUCUUACUGAAUACUUUACACAUAAUUUUCUCUACUAUUAGAGAGAAAACUAGUGUGAUUUUUCAAUCCAAGAAAUUUACCUUUUCCAACAAUGAGUAUUCACUUUUUAAAUAAGUAAUCUAUUUUGAAAUGAAAGUCAUCAUUUAUAUACCCUUUCAAUGUAGAUAUGAAAUAGGUUUUAGUUGAAUGUAUGGAUUAUACAGAAUGUCUGUGGUAGUGUAACAGAUAAUGCUAAAUACCUUCUGUAAAAACAUGCAAGUACAUACAACUCUCUAUAGUGUAUCUACAGAAUUUAUACUAAGUGUGCAAGGGUUAUAUUUUAACUUGCAUCAUCAAGAAAAUCUUGGCCCAAGUAAUUUUUAAUGUGAAGGUAUUCCAAAUACGUAAGGUACAAAAUAUGCCAGUGAACAGGAAAAGGAGAGAAAAGUUUGAGAAACUCUGCACAGUCAGCUACAGMAAGGACUUAGCCCAUCUGUUUUCCAAGGAGAUCAUGCCUAGCUGUGCAGUGUGUGUGGGAUUAUAUUCUUUACAGUCUGUGGCUCUCCUAAAACUAUGACAAAGACAUACAGCAGCAGUUUUGCCACUGAUUUGCUCCCUUGAUUCUGAUUUUCAGCUGUAUUUUCAUGGGCUGAACUUGAGUCACAUAUUUUUGCACAUUGUUUUCCUACAAAUAACUUGAAUUUGCAUACACUCUUAUACAUCAGUAAAUGGCUGUUGACAUUCCUAUUUUUUUUUUCAUUUUGAAAAUAAAUAAGAAAAAAUAAAAAGGCCAAUUUUUACAUUUUUAGGCUACAUCUUUUCUUAAAGCUUCCUUUAGCUUUAAUGAGGGAAGGGGAAAGUUGAACUUUUUACCAUGGAAUGGUUUUUAGGCUAUAUUUAGAAGGAAAAUGUAUUUUGAAAUUUUGUAAUAUUCAAACUUUUAUGAUGAAACUUUACUAUUUUCAAUGAAAUAGAAAAUGUGUGUUUUGCAAGCUGUAUGCAGGGCCUACAUUAGCAUUGGUUUCAAUUACUUGAAAGGAGUGGAAACUUGUGUACUGGAAGUUAAUGCURUUAGGCCUUGUAUAAUGGCCUUAGACUUCUUACUUGUGACAAAAAGGUGCUUUGUUUGCAAUCRUAGACAUAGAAGAAUCAGUCAUAAUCUGCCUCUGUUUAACAUACCUAUAAUGUAUGKUCCAAAGAAUAUAAAGCAAUUAACUUUGAAGGAGCUGAGUCACAUUUCCUGUUGAUUCUUUGGCUUGAUAUGAAGUCACUGCCACAGCAAACACAAACUUCCUGUAAGAUGGGGAGAUUGCUGUUAUAAAAAAGAAAGUUCAAUAAAGCAGUCAAGCAUUGGUGACUAUUUGUAUUUCCACAUUACACUGGUUUCAAUCAUUCUGGUCUAGGGACUAAAUUAUGAAAAUCUAUGCACUCAGUUAUCUAAAUAUUUAGAUUUCUGAUAUAAUCAUCAUUCCAUAUUAUUUCACAGAAGUUUCAUCCUGUUGAUGUUCCUUUUCCUUUCUCUUCCUGCUAUGAGAUUCUUGUACAGCUGAUGAACAAAGCUGUACUUUCUUUUACCUCUCAAUGUCCCCACUAUGGCUAAUGCAAUUUUUUGACUUUUGAURCAUGGUCUAAGAGAGAGUCAUGUUUGAAUUUAGAUGCACAACCUCUAAAAAAGGGAGUUUUUCAAAUGCCCAUCCUGUAGACUGAAUAAGUUCCAUUUUUAUUUUAGCAAGAAUAUGGGCAGCUUCAUUAUAUUAAAUUGUUUAUUCUCUCUAAUUGAUUUGGUUAAUUUUAGUAUUAAAAGCAUGGAAAUGGUGAAAAACAAGUGGGAUCAUUUUGGCAAUAAUUUUGAAGCUCUGUCCAUCUGGAUAGCUGAACAAGAAAAAGAACUGGAAACUUUGGAAACAUCRUCAUCUCCUUUGGACAUACAGAUCAGCCAAAUCAAGGUGAUUAGYUCUUUAUGUUUGGAAUUAAAAGCCCAUUUAUCUGUUUUUUAACUAAAGGCCAAAAGGGAGGAGAGACAUUUUAAAUAUUUCAAAACUACCAGGAUGAAAUCAUGUCACAUUGUAUACAUGAACAUACCAAGCAGUAAGGUCUAAUAUAAACAAAAGGAAAAUUCUUACAGGCUGCCUUCUCUUUAAGUGUUUAGUUUACAUAUAUGAAGUCUUUGUGUGUGUGGUUAAAAAUAUAAUUUAUGCCCUCUUUAUUUUUUGAGUAAUCUCAAGUGUUGUACAAAAUAGCUACAUAUAUACAAGUUUGGGUUUUUUUUUUUUUUUAAGCAUACAUCAGCUAGCAGCUAUGGAAUUUGAUUUUAAUCUUGCUAAAGUUAUAACUUGAUUUAUGUAUCUUUUAUGCUGAAUUAAUAAAGAAACUAUUGUUCUUGGUAGCUUGAAAACCUACAUAACAUUUACUGUUAUUAUAUUUACACUGUCUCAAAUUCUGUGUACGUUCCUGUGGAUAAACAGUGGUUUAAUUUCGAAUUGAUGACUGAGGUGCAUAUUGUCUCCAAGCAUUGCAUUUCAAGGGCUGACUUUGUAUCCUUCCACAAAYGAAAAUGUACCUUCUCUGGAACGGCAUGUUUCCAAGGGUGCAGCGCUUUUCAGUAGGGAGUGCACAUUUCCGUUUCCCUUUUUCUGUGACCUACUUGCUCUUCAGAAGGUGUGCAGGUGUACAGCUGCUUGCAGACCAGCCUGACCUUAUUUCCAAAGGAUCCCAAAAGGCACUUGUUUCAUGUGACAGAAACAGUUUAUCAACAGAUUUCCCUGUUCUUAAUUUGUUCACAGCUUUACAGAGACAAAAUAAAUAAAAUC